CCUAGGACGCGCACUCACGUGAAUUAAAGUACGAAUUCGAGCAUCGAAGUGAUCAACAGCCUCCACCUCUCCCGCCGAAGUUCAUCCAAACCACUCCCAACCAUGGCCUCUCCGACUAGCGUCCCGACCGAACUCCAACCCGAAGCUUCGUCUUCGAGCAAAGCGCCUGAGCCCUGCGCACAAUGCAGCAAAACCGACGCCUCGCUCAAGCCAUGCAACAAAUGUCACACCACAGCCUACUGCAGCAAAGACUGCCAAAAGGCGCACUUCAAGACGCACAAGAAAGUGUGCGCCGCGCUGGCACAGGAGUACGUCAAGAACAACGAGCCCAAAAUGGCGAGCAGAGCGGCGUCGAAAUCUAACGACAGAAACACCGGGUUCAAGAAAUGGGAGUUUGACACGUGAGCGUGCGACAGGCGUGGAGGCAAGGAGCAUGGAUCAAGAGUCUCUGUGGGCUCAAAAUUCUAUGGUCGAGAGUUCUUAUGGUUUGGAGUUCCGCUCCGCUCCGCUGCGCUGCGGUAUUGCGACAUGGGGCGCAAGCACAGAGCCUCACUCGGCAAAACGGCACGAUGCAUGAGCAUGCAUGCGGCAGAGACGGCAGGUGGGCGGCGUUUCGCAUCGCGAAUCUGUUCUCCGCCGUCAGGAAGCAUGCCUGUCCUGGAAUGAGAGAAAUAAAGAUCGCCGCCGCGAGGCUGGCCAUUCAGUGAUCCGAAUG